AUGGAGAGUUUGGACGAACUGGAGCACCCCUUGCUGGGAAACAGCCCCACAAACUCUUGCCUGCAUGGCGGCUCCGAGGGGGGCUGUGGCGGAGGAGUCUACACAGGCAUCCUGGUGAGGUGCGAAGACGAGAGAGCGCUUCACUCUCUCGCCUGGAGGAGUUACUGCGCCUCCACCACGGACAUCCACCAGCACCACCAGCAGUACCUGGAUCCCUGCGCUCUCCCCAGCACCCUGGAGUCCUCCAUCUACCCCUCCGCCCCGAUGUGGGUCACCGCCGACUCCCUGGGCCUGCAUCAUAAUAAGGACUAUCUGGAGACGACCUUUGUGGAUAUCGGGCCCAACUCUCUGGAGCUGGAGAAGAAGCUGCUGAACGAGGCCAAGGAUGCCCACAGCUUCUCCUACAGCAUGGACGAUGAGGACGAUCUGCUACCAGACUUUGAGGACUCCUCCAGCGAUGAGUUCAGCGACACAGACAGCGAGAUCAACUUCCCCCUGAUGAUCCCUCAAGACUACCUUGGGCUGGCCUUCUUCUCCAUGCUCUGCUGCUUUUGGCCUCUAGGAAUCGCAGCCUUCUACCUGUCACAAAAGACGAAUAAGGCAGCGGCGCAGGGGGACAUCCAGAGUGCCAACGCGGCGUCGCGUCAAGCCCUGUGGCUCUCCGUGCUGUCCAUCAUCUUCGGCAUCAUCACAUACAUCUGUGCCGUCGCCGCCCUCAUAUCCUACCUGUCUGGGAAACCGCCAUAG